CUGAGGACAGACAGCAAGACGGACAGAUAGUGUGUGUGUGUUGCUUGAGAGAAAGCGUGAGAAAAAGGAUAUGUGCGUGUGUUAAACCAUAGAGACAAACACCAAAGUGUGUGUGGGUUCACAUGUCUUUGCUAUGAAGUGUGUGUUUGAAGUAGCAAGAGAGAGAGCGAGCGAUGCAGAGACCCAGCAGCUGUCAUUUCUCCAGAGAUCAGUUCAUUCUGGACUGUCCUUCAGAGAAACUUCGCAGAGAGCUGGAGGAGGAACUGAAGACGAACUGUGAGGAGCCAAGAAGCCAUGCAUGGUACCACGGCGCAAUUCCCAGACAGGUUGCAGAAAACCUGGUGCAGCGUGAUGGAGACUUCUUGAUCCGUGAUUCACUGUCCAUCCCAGGAAGUUACGUUCUGACCUGCCAGUGGCGAAACGCCGCCCAGCACUUUAAAAUCAACAAGAAGGUAGUGAUGUUGAAUGAAGCCUACUCCAGAGUGGAGUACCGGCUGGAAAGAGAAGGGUUUGACAGCGUCCCUGCUCUCAUUAGAUACUACGUCGGCAAUAGAAAACCUGUCUCACAGGUGGUGGGAGCCAUUAUCUUCCAGCCGAUCAACAGAGGCCUUCCGCUACGCUGCUUGGAAGAGAAGUACGGAUUGUCCAGCGUCCAUCGAGAGGCGCUCAUGACGCAAGAGAGGCGGAGUCAGAAACGUCUCAGUCUCAACAUUACCAACGGACACACGCACGACAACACACACACCGUGCAAGACAGCACCCACUGCCAGGACAACGGCAUGGGCCGAGGCACCCACCUCAGGUUGAAGGAUCGCUGCGGCAGCCAACCGGCAAGUCUCAAUCAGGUGCAGGAGAGGCGACGCCCACUCAAGGCGCACCAAUCAGAGAGCUUCUUGCCUCUUGGAUCCAAACCCCAGUCCCAGCAGCCUCCUGACCCGCUCCUCGCCAGCCCUAACCCCAAGUCUCCAGUGUUUCGGACGGGCAGUGAGCCGGCACUGAGCCCCUCCUUCCCACGGAGAUCAGCAGAGCCUCUGGCAGGCCAGGCGAUCCGGGGCUCUGACAGCCAGCUGUGUCCUAAGCCGCCACCCAAGCCCAGCAAAGUGCCGCUCGCUCGACUGCCUCGCUCCCCCUGCCUUCAGCCCCUCGUUCCCCCCUCCAGCUCCUCCACCCACGCAGACUCCUCCUCCGCCGCCCUCAUCUUCGCUGCACCUCCCCUGGACUCCACAUGUGUAGAAACUCCUUCCUCUGUGUGGAGGAGUGGAGUCACCACAGGCCCUCCUGUUCCUCCAGUGAAGCCCCUGAAGUUUCAUCAUCAGCUCCUCCCAGCAGACUCCUCCGGCUCUGUAGGUUCACCUCCCGAACUGGUUCAGUAUCCGGAUUCAGAGGCAAUAACAGGAUGGACUGAACGGCUGCAGGCGAGCCCCGCAGAGCUGAGGUCCUGCAGCCCACUGGAGUGGGAGGAACCAAACUCACCAAGCUCCAUCACAGACAACGCCCUCAAACUUCAGCAUCCGCUCUGCAGCUACGUGGAGAGACUGAGGAGGGAGGGUCAGGGAGGGAGAGAGGAGGAAGGGGAGGAGAAUGAGGAGGAAGAGAAGGAGAAUAAGAGGAAGGCUAAAGAGAGGAGCAGUUUCCAGCGGCCGGUCAUAGAGACGGAGUCGACGUUCAGACCGGCAGAGUUCGGAUCCCGUCUUCUGCCGCCGGAAAACAAACCACUGGAGAUGGUGGUGCUGAAGAGAGCGAAGGAGCUGCUGCUCAGCCACAAUCACCACAGUAUAGCCAGACACCUGCUGAUAGCCGACUGCCAGGUUGCGAGGAUACUGGGAGUGACUCCAGAUCUUAAAGGUCAGAUGGGCGUGUCCUCCGGUCUGGAGCUGGUGACGCUGCCGCACGGUCGACAGCUGAGAUUGGACCUAAUGGAAAGACACCACACCAUGGCGAUAGGUGUUGCCGUAGAUAUUCUGGGAUGUACGGGCAGCGUGGAGGAGCGGGCGUCCACGUUAAAUCGCAUCAUCCUGGUCGCGUUGGAGCUGAAGGACACGGUGGGCGACCUGUUCGCUUUCACGGCCUUGAUGAAAGCUCUGGAUCUGCCACAGAUCAGCCGUUUGGAGGAAACAUGGACGACUCUACGAAGGAACUACACGCAGACCGCCAUCAGCUACGAGAAAACGCUCAAACCUUUCUACAAGAACCUGUAUGAGGGCACAGCCUCCUCUCCUCCGGUGGUGUGCGUCCCCCUCCUGCUGCCGCUCCUCACUUUGAUGGAACGUCCGACAGUCACACCCGAAGGGGCGGAGCUCUGGGAGACCAGCGACCACGGCUGUGACAUCAUGCUGCGCCACCUGGAGGCUGCACGUGACGUCGCAAACAACGCGCAGAGCUACACCGCCAGCGCACAGAAGAUCUUGCAAGGGUUUCAGAUCGAUGAAGACCUGCUGGAGGUGUUCAAAACAGACUUUCAGCUGCGGCUGCUGUGGGGAAGCCGCGGUGCUUCAGUCAACCAAUCAGAUCGCUACAACAAAUUCAACCUCAUCCUCACUGCGUUGUCACGGAAACUGGAGCCCCCACCCAAAACGCAAACCUUAAUCUGACUUAUUCCGAGCAGCGACAUGCGUACUGACUCACCCUGGACCCUGUGAAAGUGAGCAAAACAACGUCAGGAGGAUCAGAAACCAGCGGCGACGAAGGGAAGACGAGACGGAAUAAAACCCAAAGUGAUGGGAGAACGACCUGUCGCCACUGCAUCAAACAGCCCAUACAGACUCUGAGCUCCUGCAGCUGUAGUAGCCCAAGAGCCGCUGAACUCAGAACUGUGAGAAAGUCAGCUGUUUCACUCAUAAAGACUCAAAAACCGACACCGUGAGAGCAACAACCAGAGAAGAGCCAAUCACAUCCACUUUAACGCUUUUUGAAACAGACACUCACCUCACUUCUACGUCCCACCUGUGAGAUGCCUCGGGCACGUUGCGGUCUGUACCAAACCCGCUCUUCACACAACCUUGACAAAUUGUUUAAAAGCUCUAAGUCUCCGGAUUCUACCUGUGCAAGGCUUUUCAAGAUCACAUCACUGCAACAGAAGUGGUUCAGACUUGUGGCUGAACACUAAAGGUCCUCCGCUGUAAAGGUCGUCCUACAGGCCUUCAGGUGUCUGGUAACAGGUUAAUAGUUCACAAUAUCCGUCUGUUUUUUUUUUUUGGGUCACAUAGCCCAAUAUCACAAAUCUCAAAUUACACUCAGGAGGCUUUAUAAACCAUACACCCUCUGUCCUCAGACCCUCAAAUCAGAUGAUGGAAAAACUCAGUAGAUGUCAUGAUUACAGCAAACAUCAGCAGAGCCAAAUUACUGUACAGAUAAUCAGGAUGACAAACGUAUAGAUGGACAAAUAAACUGUUACUGCCCAGUAGUAGAAUGUAAACCUACAAAAUGACAACUUUUCAGAACGUAAGAAAAACAGCUGCCAAGUGUUGCACCACGCAGAGGCAACAUCUGAUGCAACAUCUUAUAAACUGAAACUACAACAACAAAAAUCAUAUUUUCUUAUGUCAACUUGUUCCUGCGAUUAAGCUUUCACCAGAGCACAAGACUGGUUUCCUCCUCAUUCACAGCCAAACAUGCUCAUACACGUAGAUGUAGAGGAGGUGCCGGUGUUUUCAUCGAUUUCAUUUUGACUUUGAGGCUUUUAUGAAACUGUGAUGUGUAUAGACUCGUUUAGAAGCAUCCUUUUAGUUCAUUCAAUAAUAUUAAAGUCAUCAACAACAUCAACAACUAUCAGUUUAUGAAUGUGUUUUACUCACCUUGAUUUUGGUGAGAUCAGGAGACGCAGCAGCUGCAGUUCACAGAUUUCCUCAAUGUGUUGGCAACAGAAAUCCAAAGAUAAUGGUGAAAGUAGAAAUGAGAGAUAUUUGUGAAAACAGAGCAGAGACUUAAAGUGAUACGCCGAUUUGGAAUUUUUGCUCCUUAUCCUGAUCA